CGCACCCAGGUUCCACUGUGCCGCGCCGGCAGCCUCCAGCCAGCAUGGAGAAGGACAGCCUGAGCCGUGCCGACCAGCAGUAUGAGUGCGUGGCGGAGAUCGGGGAAGGCGCCUACGGGAAGGUGUUCAAGGCCCGCGACCUGAAGAACGGCGGCCGCUUCGUGGCUCUGAAGCGCGUGCGAGUGCAGACCGGCGAGGAGGGCAUGCCGCUCUCCACCAUCCGCGAGGUGGCGGUGCUGAGGCACCUGGAGACCUUCGAGCACCCCAACGUGGUCAGGUUGUUUGACGUGUGCACAGUGUCACGGACAGACAGAGAAACCAAGCUUACACUAGUCUUUGAGCAUGUUGAUCAAGACUUGACCACUUACUUGGAUAAAGUUCCAGAGCCCGGCGUACCCACAGAAACCAUAAAGGAUAUGAUGUUUCAGCUUCUCCGAGGUCUGGACUUCCUUCAUUCUCACAGAGUAGUGCAUCGUGAUCUGAAACCGCAGAACAUUCUGGUGACCAGCAGUGGACAAAUUAAGCUGGCUGACUUUGGCCUUGCCCGCAUCUAUAGUUUUCAGAUGGCCCUUACCUCAGUGGUUGUCACACUGUGGUACCGAGCCCCAGAAGUCCUGCUCCAGUCCAGCUACGCCACCCCCGUGGACCUCUGGAGUGUCGGCUGCAUCUUUGCAGAAAUGUUUCGCAGAAAGCCUCUUUUUCGAGGAAGCUCGGACGUGGAUCAACUCGGGAAAAUCUUGGACGUCAUUGGACUCCCAGGAGAAGAAGACUGGCCUAGGGAUGUUGCCCUUCCCAGGCAGGCUUUUCAUUCCAAAUCUGCCCAACCCAUCGAGAAGUUUGUGACAGAUAUUGACGAACUAGGCAAAGACCUACUUCUGAAAUGCCUGACAUUUAAUCCAGCUAAAAGGAUAUCUGCCUACGGUGCCCUGAAUCACCCGUACUUCCAAGAUCUGGAGAGAUACAAGGACAACCUGCACUCUCACCUGUCAUCCAGCCAGAGCACCUCGGAGCUGAACACAGCCUGAGGUUCCCCCAGGGAUGCCACGAGCUCGUCAUCUGAACGCAUUGCUGGCUUCA